AAAUUUUAUGUUUUCCUCAGAGUCUUGUCUUCUUCUACCAAUUUCUUUUUCUAUCUAUAUAUAAAUAAUGCUCUUUUGAAGAGCUCAACACUUGGUCCUUAUUUGCUUUCAGCUUCACUACCAUGAACCCAGCACCUCACAUUCCGGUGCUACUCGUCUUCACCGUAUUUUCCCUGCUCUGCGCCGUCCCAUCCGUUUUCGGGUGGCGUCCAUGGCCCCACCUUAAACCAAACUCCUCUGAUCUUCUCUACGAUGGCUCCAAAAAAUAUGAGGGCUCAUCAGAGUUCGUUCACUUGCGUUACCAUAUGGGUCCUGUGCUCACCGCUAACAUAACCGUACACACAAUCUGGUACGGCAGGUGGGAGAAAUCUCAAAAGAAGAUCAUUCGCGAGUUCAUUAAUUCGAUCUCAGCUGAACGUUCUAGCCACCCCUCCGUCGCCGGUUGGUGGAAGACCGUACAACUUUACACUGAUCAAACCGGUCAUAACAUCUCGCGUACGGUUGUUUUAGGAGAGGAGAAAAAUGACCGGUUUUAUUCCCACGGGAAAUCGCUCACGAGGUUAUCGAUACAGUCCGUGAUAAAAAGUGCGGUCACAGCCAGAUCAAAGCCGUUACCUAUAAAUCCAAAAAGUGGGCUAUAUCUUCUGCUCACGGCCGAUGAUGUGUACGUUCAGGAUUUCUGUGGGAACGUAUGCGGGUUCCACUAUUUCACAUUCCCUUCGAUUGUUGGUUAUACGCUGCCGUACGCUUGGGUGGGUAAUAGUGCGAAGUUCUGUCCAGGUGUGUGUGCUUAUCCAUUCGCUGUGCCGGAAUAUAUGCCAGGACUAAAGCCGAGAAAGUCACCGAACGGCGACGUAGGAGUAGACGGAAUGAUAAGUGUAAUCGGUCACGAGAUGGCUGAGCUGGCAUCGAAUCCGCUUGUGAACGCCUGGUACGCCGGUGGGGACCCGACUGCCCCGGUGGAGAUAGCAGAUUUGUGCGAGGGUAUAUAUGGAACAGGGGGCGGUGGGUCCUACACAGGACAGUUAUUGGAGGGUCAUGAUGGUGCCACGUAUAAUAUGAAUGGAAUCAGACGGAGGUUCUUGGUACAGUGGUUGUGGAAUCAUGUGGUCAGUUACUGUACUGGCCCUAACGCACUUGAUCAGUAAAAUGUAAUUUUGGUAUUUUGUUAUCUGGGGGUUUUAUAAUAUGUUCAUGGGUUGUAUUUUUGAUGGGUUUUUUUGAGAAUGUAGGUUUUGUGGGGUUUGUCAAAUAUUGCUUAUUUGGCUUUAAGGUAGUUAAGGUUGUUAAAAAUGUGUAAUAAUAUUUUACGUAUACUGUUUUUGUAUACAAAAAUAUAUAUUUAUUUUUAUUUU